GCUUCCAGGCCACACUGACGCGUCUCCCUGCGCCUUCGCUCUUCGGCGGCGACGUCGGCACCGUCCUCCUGACAGCCGAGUUCCAGACCCAAACCCGCUUCCGCUUCGCGCUCACCGAUCCUCAGACGCAAAGGUUUGAAGUCCCCCAUGAGCACGUGGGACCUUUCAGCGGUCCAGCAGCCUCUGACCUAAAGUAUAAAGUCGAUGUACAGCAAAACCCCUUCGGGAUCAAGGUGACCAAAGCAAGCGAUGGAAAAGUUUUGUUCGACACCACCAUCGGCCCGCUGGUGUACGCCGAGCAGUUUUUACAGCUCUCCAUCCGACUCCCCAGCAGCAACAUCUACGGGGUGGGCGAGCACGUGCACAAGCAGUACCGACAUGACGUCAACUGGAAAACUUGGCCCAUCUUCAACAGGGACACGGCCCCUUCCGGCAACAUGGACAACUUAUACGGUGCUCAGACCUUCUUCUUGUGUUUGGAAGACAACAGCGGAGCAUCUCUUGGCGUUUUCUUGAUGAAUAGCAACGCCAUGGAGUUCGCGGUGCAGCCGGCGCCAGCUGUCACCUACAGAACAAUUGGGGGAAUCCUGGAUUUUUACGUCUUCCUGGGAGACACCCCCGAGCAAGUGGUGCGGGAGUACGUGCAGUUCAUCGGGCUGCCGGCGUUGCCCUCCUAUUGGACUCUGGGUUUCCAGCUCAGCCGCUAUGAUUACGGGUCUCUCGAUGAGGUGAAGGCUGUUGUGGAGCGAAACAGAGCGAUUGGACUCCCUUAUGAUGUCCAGCACACGGAUAUUGACUACAUGGAAGCCAGGAAAGAUUUUACAUAUGACAAAGUGAACUUCAAAGACCUCCCCAGUUUUCAAACUUACAUGCAUGACUAUGGGCAAAAAUACAUUAUCAUACUG